CGAAGUACAUGCUUGCAAUGAUUCUGUCAAACUCUGCUCUCUGAUAAUUGUCGCCUGGUGUUGUAGGGAGGAGGUAUUUCGCCUUAUAUUUCCUCGCAUCCUGAUUUACCGAGGCCUUACGGCCGAGUCAAUGCACGUCUUCUGAUUCCGAUCAAGCUCCAAUUGCUGAGCUCGUGACAACGCGCGACCAAGAACGACACGAUCAUAUUGGACUCCGUCAUGCAGCCCUCACCUCUCGCGAACCCGCUUGCCACCGUGGCCCAGCUGGAGAUCUCUGGCUCACAACUCGAUGGCAUUGCACCAGAGCUCGAGGACUCAGUGCGCUUUGCAGGCGCCAGACUGACGCAAGCUGCUGGACUUUUGCUGAGACUCCCGCAAGAAGUUAUUGCGCAGGCUAUUAUUGUUUUCAUGAGAUUCUGGGUCGGUCCAGACGGCGGUAGCCUCGCGGAAUUCGGCGCAGAGCAAGCAUCAGCAGCGUCCAUGUAUCUCACGACUAAGCUCUCUGCGUACCCCAAAUCGCCGCGAAGUAUCGUCAAUGUCUAUGCCUAUCUGAACUCUUUCCCGUCCGCGUUUAUCGAUCCGGAAGACCUCCAACAGAAGAGAGCGGAGGCCUACUACGUAUCCGAAGGUACAUACGAGCGACGACGCGCCACACUUUUCGAGACCGAACAACGCAUCCUAAAAACGCUCGGUUUCCAAGUCCACGUCAACCUCCCGUAUACUCUCUGCAUCACGUAUCUACAAGCUCUCGACGUAUUUACACAUCCACGCGCAUCUGAGCUCGCCAAACGUGCCAUCACACACCUGAACACUGCGCUGUUGAGCCCUCAACUGCUAUACCUUACGCAUCAGCCACCAAGCUUAGCGACAGCGGCUAUAUAUCUGGCGGCGAGAGAGGUGGGCAUCAAACUGCCCGAGGUUGAGUGGUGGGAGGUCUUCGAUGUUGAUAGAGAGGAGCUGGGUUUCUUGUGUGUUGGGAUGUUAAGCACAGAGGGCUAUGCGCUGCAAGAGAAGGAGAGGUGGGAUGAUCGAAGAGUGCCCAUGACCGUUCCGGAACUGGAGACUGAGAUGAAGAGGAGGACCGAGAAUGGUAGCGAGUAAGGAUCCGGCGACUACUACGUGGACUAUAAGAGUUCUCGGAGAUGCCCGAAUCGUCCCUCCACUCUCCCCGAUUCCCACAUCGACCGCCAUCCCAAAAAAGGUUGCCCUCUUUCAGCAGUCUACGAGGUAUUCCAGAACAUCCAAUGCUCCGCCGAAACAAGGGGUCGGGCGUUCUCAAAAGUUCUAUGGGAAUUAUCAUCGCUUUGUCCACCACAAAUACACAUGCUUGUUCAAACAUUGUGCUGCGUCUAAGAACUUCGGCCUGGUCCGCUUCCAAUGCUAUCAAAAUCUUGCAUUACCAUAUCAACAAGCCAUCAAGAUCUCGUUCGCCGUUGGGUUGUCCCUCAGAGCCGUCACAUCAAUCAGAGCACAACAUGAGCAGCACAGAGCAAAGUUCUGCGCGUGAUCGAGAUGGGCAUCUUGAUGUUCCUAUCGACCAACUUGUACCCGCGCUU